AAGAAAAUCAAUUUACGUGAGAAAUCAUCAGUACUCGUGAGUAUCCAGCAAGAAAGAAAAAAACCCUUGACAAGUCCCAGCUUCAUCUUCCUCCCUCUUUCCAAGUUCCAACCCACGAGAUGAAAAUCUCCGCAGACCCAAAAAUCAUCACUGUAGGCUGCAGCCCAUUUACCACGUCACCGUAGAAGAACCUUACAGCCUAGCAUACACUUAAACCUCAAUCACGCCCUCCCACGUGUCCUUCUCACCAGCUGCCUCCCUUACUCUCCCCCCUCCCCUCGUAUAAAUGGCCCACUAGCCCUUCUCCCAUUACAAUCCAUCCCUCUGAGAAAAAGGAAGCCUUCACUCUCUACUCUCUGGUAUUUACCCUCACCGAUGGCUUUUAAUUACUACUUCACCACUCUGGCUUUUCUCCUCUGUUUUCUUGCCCCUUCAUUCGCGGCUCUGGUUCAAGAACAGCCUUUGGUGCUGAAAUACCAUAACGGCAUCCUCUUGAAAGGAAACAUCACCGUUAAUCUAAUCUGGUAUGGCCAGUUUACACCAAUCCAGCGGUCCAUAAUCGUUGACUUCAUCAACUCCUUGAACUCUAAAGGGGCCCCACUUCCUUCCACCUCGUCAUGGUGGAAAACAACUGAGAAGUAUCGUGGUGGCUCCUCCUCGCUCAGCGUAGGCCAUCAAAUCCUUCAUGAAGAAUACACGCUCGGCAAAAUCUUGAAGUCCCAACAUUUGAUAGCUCUGGCUUCGAAAACCCAUUUCACCGUUAGCUCUAUCAACGUAGUUUUGACGGCAAAAGAUGUUGUCGUUGAUGGGUUUUGCAUGAGCAAGUGUGGCACUCACGGGUCAACAAAGUCCGGCUCGGGUCGGGGCACGUACAUUUGGGUCGGUAAUUCUGACCUCCAAUGUCCAGGUCAGUGUGCCUGGCCAUUCCACCAGCCAAUUUAUGGCCCACAAACACCACCGCUGAUAGCACCCAACGGAGACGUUGGUGUUGACGGUAUGGUCAUCAACUUGGCCACUUUGUUGGCUAACACCGUUACCAACCCCUUCAACAGUGGGUAUUUUCAGGGCCCACCCACCGCUCCUUUGGAGGCUGUUUCGGCCUGUACCGGGCAGUUCGGGUCCGGGUCGUACCCGGGCUAUCCUGGCCGGGUCCUGGUUGAUAAGGUCACGGGUGCUAGCUUCAAUGCUUAUGGCGUGAACGGAAGGAAGUAUAUGUUGCCUGCUAUGUGGGAUCCACAAUCAAGUGCAUGCAAGACACUUGUGUGAUGGGUCCCAUCAAGGUAAUCACACGUGGCGAAGGCAAGGCAAGGCAAAACCUAUGUAGUUGUUGGAAAAAUGUAAGAGAUAGGGUUUUUUUUUUCUUUAUUGUACACUUGAUGGGGCCAUGGGCUGUUUGUCGUUUCGGGUGACAUGUAAAUUCUCCUUAUGAAAGAAUAUGGAAAAUGCAGAUGAGAAAAUAAUAUAAUAAAAAGAAGUUAAAUAAUGUAUAAAGUGGGAUUGGCUUUGGAUUGAA